UCUCAACUUACUUUUCUUGACCUUUCAUAACUGCAAACUCGAGUCCUUAAGCAAUGGCUGCAGAGUAUAGCAAAGGGCAAAAUUUCAUCUCCGCGACCAAACUGAACUACUUUCAUUACUUCCUCAAACAACUCACAGGGUACACGCUCCACCCUACCAUCCAACCCUCAGCCUCUGACACGCCUUUCCGCAUCGCCGACCUUGGAACCCAGACAGCCACAUGGCCUAUCUCAUUGGCAGAAGACCCCACAAUUUCUGUAGAAAUUGAUGCCUUCGAUAUCUCCAAUGCUUUCUUCCCACCCUCAGUGUGGGUGCCAGGCAAUGUUAAGCUUCAUUUGCACGACAUCUACAACCCCUUCCCAGAGGAAUUCCUUGGAAAUUUUGAUGUUGUGCAUUUGCGACUAUUCCUAACGCUUUCGAUGGAGAAAGUAAAUACGAUCCUGAGGAAUGCGAUGGCGCUGUUGAAACCCGGUGGAUUCAUCCAAUGGACAGAACACGACAAAACAAACAUCCAACCGACUGCCGCUUCCGAAGGUCUCUCCACAGAAGCUUCGCAAGCCUUCAUCAGCCUUCAAAAAGAGCCGUUCCCAGGGUAUGACCCUCUUUGGGUGAACAACAUCGCCUCCGCAAUGACAGAAUGUGGUCUCAAAGUUGUUGCAGAAGAUCGGAUCCGCGUCCGACCAAGCAUGCUACCUCAGAUGAACGAACUCCACCUUAUAUCGCUCAUGGAUGUGCGCCCUGGAAUCAGUGCUGCAAUCGACCACUUUCGCUCAAAUUAUCUCGUGCAAUUACAAGAUGAGUAUAGCAAAGGCGUUUCAACCAUCGAUGGCUUCAUUACAGUAGUGGGGAAAAAGUCCUCAAAAUAA